CUAACUUAUCGAUCGAAAAAUUACCGUUUAAAUAACUUUAAAAUGUACUUUUAAACGCUACAAGUGUAAACAAUAAUUUUAUCCUAAAAAUUGUACAUUAUUCUGUCUGAAAGGUGACGAUAUACAAUGCGAAAGGAGGAAUUUUAAUUUUAGAAUUUAGUGACAAGUUUUGUUAAUUUUACAACAAGCAUGCAGUCUUUUGUGACUAAUCGGAGAACAAAUAGUACGAAAAAGUACCAACCGUCAAGAAGAGGUCUUUAUGAUGAUUAUAAAGAAAAUUGGAGUGCUAGUGACAAACUACAAAUAACAGACGACUUUUCAAGAACAGCAUCAACAAGAACAACUAGUUCCUCAAAUAUUGUUUUACGAUUAUCAGAGACUCAGAAUUACAGCAUUGACGAUGCAACAACACAAAGCUACAAAUUCACCAGUUCAUCAAGUAAACAAAAAUCGUCUAAUUCAGAAAUAAAAGAAGUAAUUGUCAUUAGCGACUCGACUGACAGUGACGGUAAUGAUUUUAAAAAAUCUGAUAUUUUUAAAAAAUCCGAUAUUUUAAAACAAUUUCAAGACAAAAGUAUCUGCAUUUCAUCAUCAUCGUCAGAUGAAUCCGAUACGGAAGAUUUUAUUCUAAAAUACAAUGAUCAAAAAAAUACUUCAACUGGAUUUACCGGGAAGAGAAGAAUUUCAAAUAAUUUCAAACCUUUUAAUAAUUUUAAAACAAGACAAAGAUGUAGUAUUUUAUAUACAUCGGACGAUACAGCAUCGACGGCUUCGUCAAAAUCAAAAUCUUCAUCUUCAAACGAAGGUAAAUCCAAAAGAAGACAAGCGUCUCCAGUCUCGUCAAUAUCUCACGUGAGUGCAACUCCAAAACCAAUCGAAGAAUCGCAAGAUUAUCUCAAUAAAUCAAUUUCCAAACCAAUCGAUAGAAUAAAAAAUCAAUUAAACCCAAAAGCAUCGACUGUGAGUCCAAGUUAUUGCAGUACGAAAUAUCAAAAAUUAUUUCCAAGAAAAGUCACUAAAAAUCAUCAACUCUCCAAGGCGGAAGCACUGAAAAUUCUCAAGAUCGUCAAAUCGAAGCAAUUAAAUUAUUUCUCCGCCAGUGAAAGUGACAAAAGUCAAAUAUCCGAUUCCCCACAAUCAUCUCGAAAGCCAAUUCCCAAAAAAUCGAAUAUCAUCGAUGAAACCGAAUCGGAUAAUUCAACAAAAUCGAAAGAGAGUAAAAUUGAAAAGAAAAUACAACAAAAAUCGCACAUUAUCGCUGAAACUGAUUCGGAAUUAGAGGAAAGUACUCCAAAAGCGAUAAAAGUGCGAAAAGAAAGAGCCCUUGAAAUUCUCCAAACACCACCAAUUGCCAACAACGAUCCAGGUUACAAUGAUCUCUCAGCAAGAAAACGUAAAGAAAUAGCCAACUGGUUAAUGUCCAACAAUCCCGACACCAACAACGAGAGUUCCUUCAGUCACAUUUCAGGCAGUAACAGAAAUAGUAUUUGCUCCGGUAACAGCAGUUUAGAACGAUUGGAAGUUAAUUACGAGACACCGAAUAAUAGAAAAAAAUUCUUUAAAUUACAUUCCGAUAAAAAAAGAAAUGUAGAACUGUCCGAAUUAAAAACUCCAAUAAACAAUGCAAUUAAUGUUCUCAGUGGUCUAACACUCGUCGAUACAAAUAAACGAAUUAAUAAUCGUACUCCAAUUAACGAAAAUCAAGUCAAUACAAGUAAACGAAUUCAAAAUCGUACACCAAUUAUCGAUAAUCAACUCACUGUCGAUACAACUAAACGAAUUGAUAAUCAAUUGACUGUAUCGACAAACACAAAAGCAACAACAGAAUCUGGUGGUAAACGACAAACGAGAAUAGACGAUUAUUUGAGGAAAACUAAAACUAUUUCUGGAAAAUCGGUAACUGUGAUUGCGCCGAGAAAAAAUGUUGCAACUACUCCGACAGUGGAUUUGAAAACGUCAAAACCACCGGAGAAGAAACGUGAUGAUCGCAUUGAUUUUUUGGAUAAAUUGUAUGGAGACACGUGGAGAGCAAAGGCCGAUAUUAUUUUAUCGGAACCCAGAAAGCCACAGGUCGUUAAAAAAGAUCGAGGAGUACAAACUGAAAGAAAACCACGUUUACGAUUAACUACUGAUUCUGAGAGUGAGGAAGAACUUGAUUUUGGAAAGUUUAUACAAAAUGUAAGACCAGCGCUGAAUUCAACCAGAAAAGUAAGGACGGAGGUAAAAGCGACCACAAAAAGGAAAAAUAUUGACACUUUUAUUAAUGACAAUUCGUCAAGUGACGGAAGUGUUCCCAGUUCUUAUUACACGGCUGUUACCAAUCCGGAAAAAACUUAUAGAAAAAAAAUAACUAAUACACCUGCAUCAACUGCAACCUUAAGGGCAAUGGCAAUUUGUGAUCCUGAAACGGACGAAGAACCAAUAGAUAGUUUAAAAACAAAUAACUUUAAUAAUAGGAGAAAAUUGUCAUUCAGUGAUAAAGAAUCUUCAAGUUCGACCAGCGAAUUUGAUCCGGAAGAUAUUAUACAACCGAAAACUGUGAUAAAAAGACCUAUUGCAAAAAAUUUCCAACACGCUACGAAUUCAAUAAAUGCCAAGAGCUCAGCAAUAAAGAAAAAUUUCAGCUUUUUGGCUUCCUUGAAUGCUUCGGUAUCAAUAAAUAAUGCCCAUCCGGACGCGCGAGUUUUUCGAGAAAAUUUUAAGAAAACAAAAGAAGUACUUUGUCAACAGCUUUUCACCAUGUAUAAUGAAAAAAUAUUCGACAAUAAAUUGCCGAAAGAUAUGCUAAUUGAUUGGAGUGCAAGAAUGCGAGGAACUGCUGGUUUUUGUUACAAUAAAAAAUCAAUUAAGAGCAUGGGAACAGUAACCAGAUCUUCGAGAAUUGUAUUAUCAACUAAGGUAUUGGACAGGCCAGAUCGAUUACGAGAUACCUUAGUGCACGAGUUGUGUCACGCAGCUUCCUGGAUAAUUAACGAACUUUCAGACGGUCAUGGACCGAUUUGGAAAGCAUGGGCAAAAAAAGCAAUGAAAGUGUUUCCCGAAUUACCACCAGUCAGCGUGUGUCACAAUUAUAAAAUUCACACGAAAUUCACGUACAAGUGUACAAAUUGUGGAUACAGUAUCGGAAGACACUCGAAAUCCCUCAAUGUUCAACUAAAACGCUGUGGCUAUUGUCAUGGAAAAUUCGAGUUGUUCAUUAAUCGAACAACAAAAUCAGGAAAUGUUGAAAUGAAAACGCCAUCGCGCUCAAAGGAUCCAUCGGCAUUUGCUCUCUAUGUGAAGGAAAAUUAUCAAAAUGUCAAGCAAAAUAGAAAAAGUAUGAAACACGGUGAAGUAAUGAAAAUUUUAGGUCAGCAAUUUUCAUCAAUAAAAAUUGCUAAACAAAACAUUGAUAUUAUAGAUGAGGAAUAAAGCAAAAUUCAUUGAGACGAAAAUCUAAAAAUUUAGAGACGAAAAAUGAAUGAGAAUUUAAAAUUUUUAGAUCAGCAAUUUUCUCUUCAAUUAAACAAAAAAAUUGCUAAACAAAAGAAUAUUAUAUAGAAGAAAAUUAAAAGUUCUUUUUAAAUGAUUUAUUAUGCUGGGGCAUAUGUAUUAUUCAGAAAUUUUAUUUUUAAAAAAAAAGUUAUUUUUUAGUUUUGAUUAUUUGCUAGAUGACUAAAAUAGCAUCGUGUCAUAAUAUAGAUUUUUUUUAAUGAAAAAAAGUUAUAACUUUUUAUACGAAUUAAAUAUUAAGAAUUAAAUGAUUAAUUAGAUAGACUGAUGAUUCUCUCAUUGUAGAAUUUUGAUUGAGUUAUGUUUAAUGAUAGACUUUAAAAGAUUUAAAUUGCAAAUACAUACAUCUAUUUUAUAAUCUUUGAUUCUGAGAAUUAAAAUAUUAUGCUCAAAAAAAAA